CCCUCCCUCUCCCCCAUAAUUUCUCUUACGCACUCAACUCAAUACACAUACUGAAGUACAUUGUAUUGUUAUUACAACAUGAAGAAGAUGAACCUGUUGUUGCUUCUGCUCUGCGCCGCCUUCUCUUUUGCAUUAUCUUUCAACGAUGGAUUAUUGCCUAAUGGGAACUUCGAGUUCGGUCCAAAGCCAUCUCAAAUCAAAGGGACCAAAGUGAUGGACCCAAAAGCCAUACCCAACUGGGAAAUUUCGGGUUUUGUCGAAUACAUAAAAUGGGGCCAAAAACAAGGUGACAUGUUGCUGGUGGUGCCGGAGUGAGCCUCGGCUGUGAGGCUGGGGGACGAGGCAUCGAUUAAGACAAAGGUUAAGGUCACAAAUGGGAUGUUUUACUCGAUAUCGUUUAGUGCUGCAAGAACUUGUGCACAGGACGAGAAAUUGAAUAUUUCAGUGUCACCAAAGGACUGGGGAAUUCUACCUAUUCAGACAAUGUAUAGUAGUGAGGGUUGGGAUACAUAUUGUUGGGGAUUCUUGGCAGAGUUCAAUGAAAUUGAGAUAAUUUUGCAUAAUCCAGGAAAAGAGAAGGACCCAGCUUGUGGACCAGUCAUUGAUUCAGUGGCACUCAAGGCUUUGAACCCACCUAAAAGGCUAAGAGGCAACAUGCUGAAGAAUGGGAAUUUUGAAGAGGGUCCAUAUAUUUUCCACAACACAUCCUGGGGUGUCCUAAUUCCUCCCAAUAUUGAGGAUGAUCACUCACCACUUCCUGGAUGGAUUAUCGAAUCCCUUAAGGCCGUAAAGUACAUAGAUUCCGACCAUUUUUCAGUUCCCGGGGGCAAACGGGCAGUCGAACUGGUGGCAGGAAGAGAGAGUGCACUUACACAAGUCGUAAGAACCGUUCCCGACAAGACUUAUGAUCUAUUUUUCUCACUAGGAGAUGCCAAAAAUUCAUGCCAAGGAUCAAUGUUGGUUGAAGCAAGUGCAGCCAGAGACAUUGUUCAGGUUCCUUAUGAAUCCAAAGGCAAUGGUGGAUUCAAACGUGCAAGGCUAAGGUUCAAGGCAAUCUCGACACGCACUAGGGUUAGGUUUUUGAGCUCAUUUUAUCACAUGAAGAGUGACAAUUCCGGUUCAAUGUGUGGUCCUGUGAUUGAUGAUAUGAGAUUGGUUAGUGUUCGUCACAUUUGAUUUAUUUUCCGUACUGAACAGGAUUAGAUACUACCUUCUAAUCCCGUCAAAUACUACUUAUAAAACAUGUUGAUAUACGAUAUUUAUGAUCCUACUUUAGUCAACAAGGUGUAAUUAGGCUUUUUUUUCUUGUAACGUGAAGAAGCUAGAUUAAUGUUA